AUCAGGCACGAUUCCACAGCAUCAUGUCAAAUGCCAAGUUUAUCAUAGUUGUGUUGGGCAGUGAUUGGACAGUGGAUGGGAAUGUCCAAUCACCAGUCAAAUGUCAGUCUACAAUGAAGGGCGACACUUUGAUCAUCAGCACCCCGGAGGCAUCAAGAUUUGAUGAAAAAGACUUGUUUCAUCUCAUGCACCUGUGCUACCCUGGCCCUAACGUCUACCUGUUGAAUCAAGGGGUAAAAUUGGAGGAGUGGCAGAGGAUCCUCGGAAAUGACAUUUCUCACAACAUUAUAUACAAUGGAAAUAGACCAAAUCAAUUGGAAGGAUUAGAUACUAAAUGUGUAAUUGGUGACACCACACAGCAACUUAUAAAAAGCUGUAUGGUCAUGUUUGACAAGAUUCCUGUGCACUGCUUCCGUGAACUGCUAACAGGGAAGAAGGCAAGGUUGCAUCAACAUCAGAGAUUUCCCAAGCUUGAUCAAGGUGUCCAACUGGUGCUUUUAGGAGAGUCCGGAUCUGGGAAGAGCAGCAGUGGAAACACCAUCCUGGGGGAGAAACGAUUUAGAGCAGAACCAAGCUCCAUCCCUAUCACCACUAAAUGCCAGAUACAACCAAUUAAUGUUAGAGCAAAUAUAAACAUCAUUGACACUCCAGAUUUAUCUGAUGAUGAGCAUCCAGAUCAAUUGAAACAAGCUAUGAAAUGCAAGGAGCUGUGUGGGAAUGGUGCGCGUGUGUACCUGCUGGCCAUUCAGAUUGGCCGCUUCACUGAGGGAGAGAGAGACAUUUUAGAGAGGCUAGAUAGAGUACUGGGGCCCAAAUUAAAGGAUAGAACCAUCAUCCUCUUCACACAUGGGGAUGACCUGGGUAAUCAGACUAUUGUUAAUUAUGUCAACCGCACCGACAGACACCUCCAGAUACUCAUUGAGAAUUGUGGUAACAGAUAUCAGGUGUUCAACAACAGGGACAAGGAGGAGGCAAAGCAGCAGGUGAGAGAGCUCAUUGGGAAGGUAGCUACACUGGUGAGGGAGGUCGACGGAGUUACAGUCUCAGAAUGUGAUUUCCAGAAUAACAAUGCCGACUUGAAGAAUUCUAAUACAGAGGGAACCAGUUUUGGAUUUUGGCCUUUUGGUAAAAUUACUAAGAAAUGAACAAAUUAAGUUUAUACUUAAUACCAUUUAUCCACAUUUAUAUUCUCUCCCAUUAUGACAAGUUUCACUAUUCCAUGAUUUCUGGUGUGUAACUUGGUAUUUAAUCAACUUUGAAUUUUGCAUCACAGCAUGUGCAAGAGAUCAUUUGUAAAGUAGGCUAGCUAAGUUAGUGAGGGGGACUGACUGAGUUGUUUUUGUCCAAGAAUAUAAUACAAAGAUGAGUAGAAAUUGUGUUAUUGCUUAAUUGCUCAUGAGCAUGUUGUUGUUCAUUCAAACAGACUAUGUUGUACUUUGUGUAAAACGGAGUACCAUAUUAUU